CUAUGACGAGUUUGAAAACUCAAGUACCCAACCACCAUCUGUCAACCCAAGCUCCAUAUGUCUUGUUGCCUCGCUGAAACGUGUUAAACUUAAUUAUACGUGGACUACGCAUUUAUAUACCCUAAUACACCACCACGACCCUCCGUAGUGUUUUCUCACGAAAUCCAUCAGUCUUUGAUCCACAGUUCCACUAAAACAAAUGAGCCAGAGACAACCAAGAAGGCCCCAAGGCGAUCAAACUUCCGACCAGGAAGCUAUCAAGUACGGCGAUGUUUUCGAUGUCACUGGUAGAUUGGCAUCUAAGCCAGUUGCACCACGAGAUGCAGCUACCAUGCGCACUGCCGAGAACCAAGUGCUUGGGAAGACGCUUGAUGCCAGUGCUGCCGCUGUAAUGCAAUCUGCAACUGAUGUAAAUGUGAUGUCCGGUGUUGUUGGUCCCGGCCAGGGCAAUAAGAUGGUCGAAAGAGUGGGCGUUGCUGUAUCUAAAUCGAGAGACGUCCAAGGAAAAGUUGUUGUCGCUGAAGCUAUAGCUGGCCAGAUUGUAGGGCAGUGCACUCCAUCUGAUGCUCAAGGGAUAACCCCUUCUCCAUCUCCAACUCCAGUUAGAGGGGAUGAGGGUUGGACAACAUCUCCAACUCCAAGGGGUGCGGCUGAUCAUAAUGGCAUCACCAUUGGAGAAGUUUUGGAGGCAACAGCUAUCUCUGUUGGCGAUAAACCGGUUCAUCAAGGUGAUGCUGCCGCAAUACGUGUGGCUGAGGUGAGAGCUGCUGGCAGCAAUGUGACCCAACGUAGAGGCCUUGGCGCCACAGCUCAAGCUGCUGCCACUUUCAAUGACCGUGUGUCUUAUGAUUAUAACAAGAUGACGAUAUCCGAUGUUCUAUCGGAUGUUUCUUCAAAAUUGCCUCAAGAUAAAGCGGUGACAAGUGAAGAUGCUGAUGGACUGACAGGCUCGGAGCUGAGAAACAAGCCUGACAUGACACCCACGCCCGGUGGAGUGGCGGAUACCAUGGCCACAGCUGCUAGGGUAAAUCGGGAUGACACGCCAUGA